CGUUGACAGUUUGGGCACUUUUCAACACCGACACACCGAAAGGGAGCAUUUUUUUUUAUCCACAAAAAAAGUUACUUGUUUCUUGUCGAGUUAAUUGAAUAAAAGGCCGGCAGGAUGGACGUGCGACCCAACCAGACGAUCUAUAUCAACAACCUGAACGAAAAGAUCAAGAAGGAGGAGCUGAAAAAGUCGCUUUACGCGAUUUUCUCGCAGUUCGGCCAAAUACUGGACAUUGUGGCACUGAAAACCCUCAAGAUGCGCGGCCAAGCAUUUGUAAUCUUCAAGGAAAUCGGAAGCGCCUCGAAUGCCCUGCGCACCAUGCAGGGAUUCCCCUUCUACGACAAGCCCAUGCAGAUAGCCUACUCGAAAUCGGACUCGGAUAUUGUGGCCAAGCUGAAGGGAACCUUCAAGGAGCGACCCAAGAAGAUUAAGCCACCAAAACCGGCGCCAGGUGUCGAGGAAAAGAAGGACAAGAAAAAGAAGCCGAGCAGCGCGGAGAACUCGAACCCGAACACACAGACGGAGCAGCCACCCAACCAGAUCCUCUUCCUCACCAAUCUGCCCGAGGAGACCAACGAGAUGAUGCUGUCCAUGCUGUUCAACCAGUUCCCUGGCUUCAAGGAGGUGCGUCUCGUGCCGAAUCGUCACGACAUCGCCUUCGUGGAGUUUACCACGGAGCUGCAAAGUAAUGCCGCCAAGGAGGCGCUCCAGGGAUUCAGAAUUACGCCGACGCACGCCAUGAAGAUCACCUUCGCCAAGAAGUGAGCGUGCCGCAUACACGGACCAAGUGUAAAGGUCGCUCGCUGGCUGUUCAAGCAACUCCAAUUCUUAAUUUAAAGUAGAGAAUAAAUCAAUAUAUACCUAUA